CGCGGCGCCAAGGGCAGUGGUAACGCCAAUCAUGUCUCUGCUGGUCGCAAGACUCGCGCAGAGUCUGCGCCCCCGGAAAGCCCAGCAGCAGCUGGUGGAUUGGACGUCUUGAAGGAUUGUACGAUAUUUGUGGAUGUCAGAACGGACGACGGGGAUGACGCUGGAUCGCUGUUCGUUGAGAUGUUGAUGGGUCUGGGAGCAAAGAUUCUUUCUCGUGUGGGUAAGAGCUGCACGCACAUAGUUUUCAAGAAUGGCUUGAUGAGCACUGUCACGGGAUACAAGCUUCUCAGCGACCCUAAACCUCACGUGGUAGGCAUUGCAUGGGUGGUGGAGUGCGUGGAACAGAGGGCCAAGGCCGAGGAAUCUAGGUUCAUCGUUGACCUCGAUGGCCUGGGUGUCGCUGGUACUACCAAGCGUCGCCGCGCAUCCAUGCUGCCUAAACACAUCCCAGUCCCGUUACAAGGAACUUCGCACCCCGAACCUUCCCCAACAACUGCGCCCGUAGCAGCAGACACCUGUGAUAACGGAGAUCAAUCCAUGGACAGCUCUUCUUCAACGAUAGUUUUGGACGAAGGUCCUCUUGCUACUGGGUCGCAGCAAGGCGAUAGCUUACCUCCUCUGGAACGUGCGAGACGACGAAGAAGCACUCUGUUCGGCCAAUCUUAAUCUACUGCUGUAUUUCAUUCAGUCUCGGUCACAUUUCCUUCGGUAUUUAAGGAGUCAAUGUCCAUAUCGCCAAAGUAAUUUUCGAUAGGUAGUAGAGUGGCAUGAAUGUACCCCGUCCUGUGGCGCUCGCCACGCUGUAUACUCUGAG